UUAAUUAUAUUUAAACCGGAGCAUACGGAAGCAGAAGUGUUACAUCUUGUACCAUCCAUCAAGCGAGGCAAAACUUUCAAGAAACAAUGAAGUAUCUUAGUAUCGUAUUAUUGGUUUUAGCCAAACUUGUUUCAUCUCUUAGGCCGCUAAAGGUUGAUAUGUGCGAGCAUCCACCGCUAAUGAAAGAUUUUGAUUACAGAAAAAUGGGUGGUAGAUGGUAUGAGUUUGCAAGACUCCCUAACCCCUUCCAGUACCUCAUGCCUCAAAGAUGUAACACUCAGUACAUGACAGUAACAGAUGGAGGUUUGAAUUUCAACACAUCUAUGAUAGAAGAGAGUACUGGAUUCGAGAUCAAUUUCAAUGGCGGUCUAUUUCCAUAUCCUGAAGCGCCAUAUCAUAUGAAAUUUACCAUUGAAAUGGUUGGAUUGGAAGAUUGGGUGGAUAUUGUUGAUGCUAAAUAUGAUGAAUACGUUAUUUUGUAUCAUUGCAAACCGAUUGGAGCAUUCAGAUUUGCUUUUGGGUGGAUUUUGACAAGGGAAAAAGAACUUAGCGAGGAAAAGAAAGAGAGGUUGCUGAAAAAGGUCAAGAGUUAUAAUCUAGGACCAAGACUAGAAUAUGAAAGUCAAAAGAAAUGCUAUGAUUGAUCUUAAAAAUGCAUCUUGGUUUUAUCUUUCUUUGUAUUUGAAAUAAGGUUCUCAUUACUUUUUGUAAAGUAUUCAUAAUAAACAUUCAAUAUAAAGAUAAA